AAAAAAAAAUACACCCAUUCGUAUAUGUAUACAUUUAUAAAGAAAAACAUUUACAAUUUUUAUUAUUAUUCAUUAACACAAUUUUUUUUUUUUUUAAGAUGGAUGCAUAUUAAUGAUGAACGUGAUCCCCCUGCUUGGGGUAGAAUUAAUUUUCCUGAAGAUAUUGUUGGUAGUGUUGAGUUAAAUGCUGGUAAAAUCAAGGAAGGUACAUAUCAACCUAUGCCUACACAUCGAUUGGUGACAAGUAAAGGUUUGUUUCAACUUUCUGAGCCAUUAACAAACUGUAUUAUAAAUGCUGCUAAACAGAAAAUGAAGCAAUGAGAUAAUAUUGAUUUUAAACAAUAAUAAUAAAAAGGAGC